GAGACUGCGCAGUUGCCGAGGUGACGCUGUAGCUUAGAGGUUGAUUCAUUUUCGGUUCCGUCUGUGUUUUUUUUUAUCCCCAUUGGGGUUCUGUCAUAUUAAUCACGCAGCUCUACUCAGCGAAUCUCCUGUCUGGUAUUGGGCGUCUUUAGAAGUAGUCGUUUGUAUGUUGAGUGCUCGUGUAAAGUAGGGUCGUGGUGUUGUUUCUAAAAAGUUGUUCAGCUGACAGCUGUGAGACAUAGAUUCACAUGUGGGUUUGUGUUAUCCAUCAUCAACACGAUCAUCAGUCCGUGUCCAGCAGCAGAGGCUAUUUUAGGGCAAAAGCGAUCAUCUUCCAAGUAUUGUCGCUGUGCUUAUUGAAAAGUGAAUAGUUUCUCCUGGAUACUACUGCAUUCUGGUAGUGUUUAUUUAGCUGCUAUCGAAGAACAAUUUUGCCCGCUUAGAAGCAAGUGGUAAAGGCUGAUUUCUUUUGCCAAUACCACAUCAGGUAUUUUAUUAACGAUGGGAUUAACGGACAUAAUGGCCCAACCUGAUCCUUUACCAUCUCGCGAGGCCGUAGCUGUCGUGAGUGUCCAUCACGUGCCGAGUCACAGCCGUGAAAGUUCCACCAGCUCUACAGCUAGUGCCGCUAGCACUUGCAGUAACCAUGGCCUCAGCCAGACGACCGAAGAGGAGCUCACUUCUUCAGCUUCUUCUUCCCCGAUGCCGAUCUAUUCGCCACUUUCCAUAUGUUCGUCGCCCACGGCCAACAGUAAAAUACCCAACCAUUCGGUCGAAUUGGUGAGAGAUAUCGAGCUGGAACAACGACUUGAAAAAACACGUUUAGAACUGGAACAAAGUCGAGCGGAAUGCGGACGUUUGGCUCAGAUCCGAGAUGACGUCGAAAACGAAGUCCGCGAACUCACCGCCAGUCUUUUUCAGGAGGCGCACGUGAUGGUCAACGCAGCCAACGUCAAAGCGGCUGCAUCCGAAAAGGCUCUCAAGGAAGCUCGAAUGCAAGUCGAAGUCCUAAGUGCUGAAGUAGAGGCCUUGAAAACGCUUGUUUUGACUUCUACUCCCAGCCAGCCGAAUGCCCAUCUUCAUCCGCAAUUGUCCGGUUCUCUAUCUUCGGGGAAUAUCCAUGUCAACAAUACACCGCCAUCCGUUGGCAAUGGAUUUAACCAUAAAAGCAGCGGAGGAGGAUUGAAAAUGUUUACCCGACAUCGAAGAGGAACGUCCGACUGCGAUAUGAAAUACCAUCACAUCCAAGGAGGUGCAGAUUUGAACAGCCCAUUAUCAUCCAGUCCUGAGAAUCCAGCCCGUCCUGCAACUGCGACAGCAGCCGAUGCUUGUUGCGUCAAUGGUAGUGGGAGCCAUCUAGUGGGAACUCCUGACGGUGAUGGGUGUGGCGAAGUGGACCCCGUUCUCUACGACGAACUGGAAAACUGGCGCAAAAAUCCAAGUCUGGAGCAGGAAAGUAGCCCAUUGAUGCAGAGACUCUUUGAAGAAGAUGCCGAUCGGUGCUUGGAUUUCCCUCAACGCGAUUUGGCUGCCCGUGUGAGGCGUGCUGUUAAAGACAACGUUAUCUUCAUCGAAGAGUUUGCCACUCAAUCCACGAGAUGCGCUUUGCUGGAAACUCAACGUCCUUGUCGUUACCGCAUUAAAUUGGGUGACGGACUUGACGAUCAAUGGUACACUAUAUCGUCGUUGUGUCGUAACCGAAUUACGGCCGUGUGUGACACGCUCACUUACCUGCGAUAUAUCCAGCUGGGCCUAGUCAAAUCGUCAGUGGACGAUAUUUAUUGGGAAGUGAUUCGACUCCGUAAGCGGAUGACUUUGGCCCGGCUAGGUCUUUCAUAAACAAAAAUUCUUCCUUCUAACAGAACGGGGAUGGAGUAUACCCACUGCAUUUACUUUAAACUCACUGGCUCCCGUUCUCUUCCACGAAAUGUACGGGGGCAAAAAAGAAAGUUCCCAUUCUCUCCAAUACUCGUUAGUUCUGGUGCGAUUUAUAUUUCUGAAAUAACUGUCUUCGUAUUUGUUGUCCACGGAAACUCUAUCGUGGAAAAACUCAAUCGAUAUGAUGGAUGAUGUUUGUAUCGAAUCUAUGUCGUGAUGUAUAGGAAAAAAUUAUUCCAAUUAAUUCAAGUUUUACAUUAGAAAAAAAAAAUAACAAAAACGAUCUGGGCAAUCCGUUACGGAGCCGUAUGUACAGCAUAUUAAUGUUUAACGUUUUAUUAAGCUUUUUUCUGUGUUUUUUGCUAUGUUUGCCAUCGUCGUUUAUGAAUAGAUUUAAAGUUUAUCACCGUC